GUUUGUUUUCAUAGUUUGGCCGCACGCCAUUAAUGUACGCUGUGAGAUAUUACGCACCAGAUGACUUGGUGGAGAAUAUGAUUAAAUCAGCGUCUGUAGAGAAUUUAGAACAACAGUCGCUUAAUAUGGGUUUUAAUAUUCUCCAUGACUUGACGGCCGGCGCACGACCCGUGUCAGCAACGAGGCGCGUAUUGGAAAAAACAAACAAGAUGAUUAACACGCAAAACAUCGAGGGAUGGACACCACUACAUAACAUUCUCAAUGAACGUAGGUUUAGUUACAAGGAACACAGAGAACUUGCAGUGUGCCUGCUCGCCUAUGGAGCAUCUCUCUCUUUAAAAAAUAAGUGGAGAAGGACGCCUCUUGAUGAGUAUGAUGACAACAAAUGUCAAGAAUACGAAGAAACCACUAGAAGCAACAAGAAGAAAGAAUUGAAAGAACUACUUAAAGAACUAUCAAUUCCGUCGCAGAUUUUAGCCAGGGGUCCCGAAGCCGUCAAAGCAUUCGAAGAUGCACUUAGAAACGGUACAAUAACAGUUGUUAAUUCAAGACUGAUGUUUUUAGGUAAAGAAGGGUCUGGAAAAACAUCUUGUGUCAAAGCCAUGCUUGGGAAAGAAUUUGAUCAUCAUGAGCCGUCAACUGUUGGUAUUGUUACAACUACUGUCUUUCAAACUGUCGGUAAAGAUUACGACAAAUGGGAGGAGCAGAACAAUAUGGACGUUUAUGACCAAACCAAGCAGAUACUUGAGUACGGUAUCGCAGCAGAUGUUGCAAAGAAGUUGAAACAGCCAAACAGUGAACGAAAAACGUCUGAAUUUGUAUCUGGUGUAGAAAUAUCAUCUUCAUCCAGUUCUGUUGCAUCUACAUCUGCUGUGAUUCAUUUACCAGAAGAUUUUAUGACUUGGGCUCAAAAACAGAGGAGAAUCAAAGGAUAUCCGAGGACGGACAACUUUGGCGUGCCUUUGGCAAAUUUUGACUGCACAAUAUCAAGAAAUUUGUCUGGAGAAAAACCUGUAUCUCAGGACACAGGAGUAUCGACCAGUCAGCUUAAGACUUUACGCAAGAAGGUUAUUGAAAGUUUUGCUAACAAGAGUUCUGAACCGAGAGAUAUAACAUGCAUAUGGGACUAUGCCGGUCAAUUGAAAUAUUACUUAACUCACCGGUUUUUCCUUACAGAUGGGUCUUACGGAGUUGUUUUCAGUUUGAUAGAUGAUUUAGAUAAAUUUGCAGAACCAAGAGAUUUGCAUACAGGACCAUUUGAGAUGACUAAUCUGCAAUUGAACGUAUUCUGGUUAAAGUCGAUAUAUGAACAUACUCCAGAAUUCAAGAGGGAUUGGCGUCAAUUAAAUGAAGAAGGAAUUCUUACAGAACUACUAGCACGUCAUUUGUGGAAAAAGGAACUGAAAGAAAGUGAAGAUGCUGAUGACGUCGUCUUUGAAGACUUCAUUGAAAUUAUGAAGAUGUUUGGACUUCUCUUUGAAAAGAAGAAUAAAUCAAAAGAGGACCCUCGACUUUUCAUCGUCCCAUCUCGGAUGAAGACCAAGACUAAUGAUAAUUUGGAAAUUAAGAAAGACGAAGAGAAAACAGUGUCCAUCUAUGUGAUGCCUGAAGUCUUUCUUCCCGAUGCUGUCUACAAUAUCUUGGUCGUUGGAUUUGUGAACCUGAGUCAAGAUAAAGGUUGCUAUUAUGACCCAAAGUUAUUUCAGAAUCAGACUAAAAUAGGAUUCGAUGAUAAGCAUUACUUGAGUCUAGGUUGGAUAUCCAUUGAUAAAAAACAGUCUUUGAAGCUUGAAAUUUCACGGAUGAAAGAGAGAGACGAAAAUGGUGCAGACAAGCCAGCAUGUAAGCCGGAUCCCAGUGUAUGUAAUGAGGUUUUGAACGUUUUAAAGAAACACCUAGAUGAGUUAUAUCCAUCUAAGAGGAUUGUGGGCUAUGCUCUAAAAAUUCUUUGCCUAGUCUGUUUGAACCAAGAGAAACCACACUUUCAAGAACUUGAGAAAUGCUUAAAAGGGAAUAUGAUUUGUGAUAAAACAGGAGAACCUAUAGCAAUGUUAACAGCUGAAGUACAGAACCAGUUUAAAUCCGAUUUGCCUGUUAACAAAAGGAAAAAGCUCGAGACCUGUGAUAAUACAGACGAAGAAAAAGGAAGUGCAGAUGAUUUGCCUGUUAACAAAAGGAAAAAGCUCAAGACCUGUGAUAAUACAGACGAAGAAAGAGGAAGUGCAGAUGCAUUGUCAGAUAAGGAGUUUAGUGUCCUUAAAACUGAAGUCUCACAAUGGUAUGACAGCUAUGAAAGACUUCCUAUGCUGAAAGUAUUGUUUAGAGACAAGGUGGACAGUUGUGAAUUAUCACCAGUAAUUCUCACAAUGGACUUGCUGAAUAUAUUAUUUGCACGUGGUCAUCUGAGUUCACAGAAUUUUGGAAUCUUGUGUGAUACUAUUAGCAUUACCAAACAGUUGGGUCUUUUACCGAAGAUUAAAGAAAAACUGCCAUCAUUCCCAGAUGUGGAGGAAGGAACCAUUUCAAAGAUGUGUAUAAGAGACAGGCAUGCUCAGGUUGGUAGAUACACUUAUACUGUAAAACAUAUAAAGCAGGUGGAGCUCGAUGUUUUCUGCUUUAUAUGCAAACACAUUAACCAACUGAACCAACUACUAUAG